AUGGUGUCCAGUCCAGACUGCCAGACACCGUUGGCCAAUCCAUUUGCAGCAACACCUGAUAUGGUCAUGAGUCCCAAGUAUCCUCCAUCAUACGCCUCCACGACAGGACCGUUGGGCAUGUCGUGUGAUGCCAUGCUAGGUCGUCAGCGAUCAUCAACCUUUGCUGCCGUGGGCGAGAAGCCAAUUCAACACAGCCAUUCAUCAUCAGCAAUCAGUCAGUCAAAGAUGAUGUCUGAUGUGAUCAAUGAGUUUGAGGUGAACGCAGGUAUCCAUUUGAGCAAGAGUUCAUCAUUCUCCAUGGGCAAGGUCUGGAACAAGUUCAGAAGAAUGAGUUCGUUCAAAGGUCCAUCGAGCGAGGAAGAGUUGAUAAUCAGCCUGCCGUCAUCACCGCGCCAAGUCGACCCAACCCCAUUCACCGGAGACAUCAACAUCAAGUCGCUGCUGAGUAGUUCUGCAUGUCCAAUGUCACCACCAAGGGAUUCCCCAUUGGUGACCUCUCCCGAGCUCUACAGCACAUCCAAGACUCAAUCAAGACGUGAGAGGAGCAAUACCAUCAGCCACUCACACUCCUCAUCCUCUGUUUCCGGAUCUGGUAGUGUUGAGACUCGUGGGGCAAGGUCACCAACACUCAGCCAAACAACGUCAUUGGUGCCGCCACCGGCCAAGCUCAAAGAGACAUAUGAUGGUCAACAUCUAUACGACAACCAAGUAUCAAACUCCAAGAAGAAUCGUGAGAGGACACUCGAGAGCUUUGUCGUGCCGGCUUCCAACUCCAAUCACAAGGCCAAGAAGUCUGGAUCAUCAGCCGACCUUAACAACAACAACAACAACAACAGCAGCAAGAAGUCCAAGAAGUCAUCAUCAUCUUCAUAUGGAAUGGAUGACUCUUUCAGAAUCGAUGGCAACAACUUGGGAACGAUACUCACACAGAGUCUUUGUAACAAUCCAAGCGAGUUCAUCAAAGGUCUCAUGGCAGAUACCAACCCUAGAUCACAUGUUGGCAUCCAGUUUACUUGCGAGGAAGGUGUUCCAAAGAUCAAGUCCGCCAACAUCGAGUCCCUCCUCACAGUCCUAACUCACGAACGAGGCAACAUCUUCGAUCUUGAGAUACUAUUCUUGGACACAUACCUACUAUUCACAAAUGUGGAUAUUGUUAUCCAUCACUUAUUCAACAGGUUCAAGAACAAUGGAUCACUAGUGAGACAGAAGGUGUUGAGAUUCACUCAACAUUGGGUAGACAGGAAUUGGUCAGACUUUAGUAUUGAUCAACUAAAGAGGAUACAGUCAUUCUACAAUGAUAUCGAUUUCACCAAUGAGGAUAGUUGGAGUAAUCAGCUAAAGGCCUUGGUCACAUCAAUCAAAAUGAGAAUCGAUCUUACCUAUAUCUCAGACACCAUGCCAGACAACUUCAUGGAUGUGGCACCUCUCCCGCACUUUGACUUCCAAGACAGUUUCACAUUGAUGGAUGUCAAGCCACUAGAAAUUGCAAGACAGUUAACAAUCAUAGAUCAUAGAUUGUUGAUGAAUAUAUCGAGGGAGGACUUGUUGAGAUGUGCUGGUCUGAGGUAUAAUAGAGAUGAAGGUAGACCAGUAUCCAUUACCCAAAUAACAGAGAGAUUCAAUAAUGUUAGUCGAUGGGUAUCCACCAAGGUUGUCACAUGCCAGCCAUCAGAAAGGAUUGACAUAAUAUUCAAGUUUAUCAACAUUGCCCUAAACUGUUGGGUACUAAAGAAUUUUAGUGGAACAAUGGCCAUUGUGUCUGGAUUGAAGUGUGGCGCCCUCAAUAGGUAUACCUCGGCAUGGGAACAUGUAAAUAGUUCAAAGCUUGGAAAGAGAUUGGAAGAAUUGGUGCCUCUUGCAACCUAUCCAAACAAAUUGCGAAAGAUCAUUGAUAAGGUUGAUCAACCUGCCGUUCCAAACUUGCACGCCUACUUGAAUCAUUUGGCCAUCAUCACGGAAGGAAACGCAUCUACAAUCAACGACGAUCAGAUCCAUCUGGCGCGAUACGAGAUGAUUGGUAGGAUAUUCAACAAAUUGAAUCAGUUCCAGUCCAGCUCCUAUGUGUUGGUGCCAGUGGGAGUGUUGCAAGACAGUCUGGAGAGCCUGCCACUGAUGACUGACAACGAGCUGUAUGAGGCUGCCAAGUUAGAGACCUGUCAAGAGAAUGAAAGGUCAUUGUUGUUGGCAUCGAUGACGUCACAGGCACAACAACAUCAACAACAGUACUUCCUUCAUAAAAUAAAGGAAAGAAGUAAGUGA